UAUCUGUCUGUCUGUACAAUACACAUCUAUCAGCAAUGUUCUGCACACUAUUAAAAAUCAAAGUGCACUCUUCCAAAUACCAUGGCCUGAAAAAACACCUGGCUCUACUUUACACUUCCUUUGAGCCAGGUGCACACAGGCUUUGGUUAGAUAGAGUGUGUUGGGUGUGUAAUGAUUGAAUUCUGAUCCCUGUGUUAUUGCCUUGAGACUUGAGUGGGACUAAGUUGUAUUAUUAUUUGUAUUAAUCUAUUCUUCUCAACAUAGUUGUUCCUUCAAGUAGGCUAGUGUUUCAUCUCUCCCCAUGGCUCUUGUGGAGAAAUGCCUUUAUCCUCUUGGAGUGCUUUUCACAAACUAAUUAACCUUUCCUGCAUGUCUCCCAGUGACUGAAGGUGAGCUAGACCGGUGUUUCCCAACCCUGGUCCUUGAGUACCCACCAACAGUACACAUUUUUGUUGUAGCCUUGGAAAACACUGCUCAUUGAGGGCUUGAUGAUUAGUUGAGAAGUUGAUUCAGGUGUGACAAAAAUACACUCUUACUGUGCUGGGUCUUAUUCAUUAGGCACCAAACAAAAGGAAAUUUAAUGAAACAUGUCCAAAAAGAAAUGCUAAUGUUUAGUUGUCCAUUGUAAAAUGUUUUGCUACAUUGUGCCCUAAUGAAUAUGACCCUGCUCUCAGUCUCAGUGCAGCAUGCUGCAGUGCAGUUAUACAGUAUCAAAGCCAUUCUGACACAACAGAGACACUCAGCAGACAUGUUGGCUCUAAAGUCUAACUUCAGACUAAACUCUUUCCAUCACAGUGAGAUGAAACCGUCUCAGUGUUGGUGACGUUUCUGGUUUUAACUGUUAACUUUUAAAUAGCGCACUGAUUUUACAAUAUAUAGGCAAUUACCUACUGAAUGUGCAGUCAGUGUGGAUGUGAGUCUACCAGUGUGCUUUACAUGAAGAGAAGCUCUGCACAGUGUGAGAUCCCCAGCAUUAUACCGCGUUAUGUGGGAUGUUUUGUAACCCAGCAAGGGGUGCAUGCUUUGUCUGCAGUGUUUGGCUUGUUGUGUGUGUAUGAUGGACAAACACUUUACUGAGUCUGUGUUGAUGCAUUUGUGUUUAUAGACCUUAUAGUACCAGUCUACCCUCUCUGAGAGUAGACUGCCAACAUAUUUCAAUGGCAGGAACUGACUGGCUUGCUGCCAAAUCAAAGUGUGUGUGAGUGUGUGCUGUGCUUUCACAAUCAGAUCCUGUCAGUUACACACACCACUACCUGUAGACAAUGAUGAGUCAUUUAAAUUACUGUAAGAUAACUUGGACAUAGUUAGACGUUCUAAGAGUGCAAUGCAAUUUCUGAAUUGACUGGAAUUGGCCCAGACUCACACCAAAGUUGUUGAUCGAGUUGAUAGGUGUGGGACUUUUUUUCAAAUACUUUGCUGAUAGAAUCUUUGGCCCUGCCCGAUUACCAACCACCGACGAGGUCCCAUUGUGAAAUCAUUUAAAAUCGAACUGAAUGUUUUGUCUCAAAGCAAUUGCUAUUCUACAUGUUUGCACUGGCAUUGUGUAAAAUAGCCUUUGUACAGUUAUUCGAUGAUGAAUUCUUCUCAGAAUGGUGUGGAAGCUGACAAUAUGCAGGAGAGAAGGAUGCAUGGGUAUUAUUGAUGUACUGAAGUGUUCAUAUGUUAACAUACUGAUAUGUUGAAGCACUAAAUGCAUGAUGAUGGUGAUGAAUGUUCACUCUUCUCUGAACCGGAGGCUUAUGGGUAUUGUGGUUGAGCGCUCUGUACCUUUUCAUUAACUGAAUUUGUACUGUUCAUCCAUUCUGUUUAGGAAAACAACCAUUGCACUCAUUUCCCUACUCUAGUGUUGAUGAUUUUUUUUAUAUUCAUUCUUCUUUUCUAAGUACACAAUCUCACUUUCUUUUCUCUGUACAGUAACAUGCAAUAACUGAAUAAACUCAGGAUUCUGCUCAACUGUCUGUGAUGUUCAGACAAAUGUUUUUGUCUGUAAAAUGUCUGGUUCCACAUUCCCUGAAAGAAGUUGGCUGCAAAUACUUUUUGUUAAUGCAGUUUAGUUUUGCUAUGCAGGUUUUUAAGAGGCAAGGGUGAUUUCUGCACUUCCUUUUUUACUUAGCCAUCUAAGAGUCAUCAUAUUUGUACCCUUUCCUCUUCCACGCCACAUUGUGUGAUUUGACACGUUUUAAAGCUUGGCAUAUCAGCUGUGACUAUAAUCUGGAUCAGAUGUCUCACCCCUGCUGUGCCCUUUCAGACUAAUGUGGAUGGAGCAAGCAGAGUUUGUCGUUUAGAGUGGGGAGGAUGGACAGCGCGUAGACGGGUAAAAAGUGAAGGAGAGUGGUUUGGCUGGGCCGUCAUCAGAGCAGGAAGUUCUGCGUGUGGUUAAUCAAGCGGAACAGAGGAGGGAAGCUGCUGUUCUACCCUUCCUUAUGCAACAUUACAGUACAGGGUGCAGACACUGAGACAGGAGAGAAGAAGGCAGGUCAUGCAGCCUGUUUGACUACAGAGGAGGCUGUCUGGGCCCUGUGAUGGCAUCUGCAGGUCCAAAUCCCGAGGGUGGUGGACCUGCUUCUGGGCAGGAGUCUGGAGGUCGGAGGCUGUCCUGGCUGAUCCUGCUGCUGACUCUUGCAGCGGUCACCUCCUCGUCUCUCUCUGCUCUGUCUCUGUACCACCUGCUGGCCCUUAGGGCCGAGGUUGAGGAGCUCCGGUCAGAGGUCUUCCGCAAGAGAGAGGAGCAACAAGAGGCUAGGCAUGGAGAGACACUGCAGCAGAUGAGCAGCAGAGCCAGAAGGAGCAGCCCAGACCCUCUACACCCCCCUGACCCCCAGCCUGGCCUGUCUUUCGUCAGGAAGAGGAGUGUGGGCACAGGAACUGAGAACUCAGUGUCUCAGCCUUGUCUACAGAUGCUGGCAGAUAGCAACAGGAAAACAUUCCAGAAAGAGUUUGCGUUGGAGCCUUACACAGGGAUCCCCUGGCAGGCGGGGCUUAGAAGAGGCUCCGCCCUGGAGGCAGAGAGCGACAGCAUCCUGGUCAGAGAGGAGGGAUUCUACUUUGUCUACAGUCAGGUGUACUACAUGGAUACGACCUUUGCCAUGGGUCAUGUGGUGAUCAGGAAGAAGAGGAACGUGGUGGGAGAUGAAGCUCAGCAUGUCACAUUGUUCCGCUGUAUCCAGAACAUGAACCCUGUCUACCCAUACAACACCUGCUACACAGGAGGUAUAGUGAAGCUGGAGGUCGGGGACAGUGUGGAGCUGUUGAUCCCUCGCUCUACAGCCAAAGUUUCUCUGGACGGAGACUCCACUUUCCUGGGCGCUGUCAGACUGGCCUGACCCUGACCAGGGGAGUUGGACUGGGGGGACUAGGAGAUACAAUUGCCAUCAUGUGGAAAUGGACACUGCUGGUACUAGAAGUUUUGAUCUGGUAGAUACUGGUGGUGGUGUACAAUAAUUAUUUUAAAUGAACUAUGGCUUGUGGGUCUGAUGGAACAUUAUCUAUUCUACUAUGAUGCCAUCUGCUUUACAGAGUGACUGAGGGACGGACGGACAGACUCACAAUCAUGGCCUAUUACUGGAGAGCCUGGCUGAUGAUGCCAGUGAUGAUGAUGAUGACAGCAGUGUCAGCCUCUGUCACUGUGUGUGAUCUGAAAUGUUUGAUGCUUAUACUGGCAGGUGUCUCACCAUUCACUCAAUAACUUCUUAAAUGUUAUGAUCAUAUACAAUGCACACAGCCAUGACUACACAGCCCCAGCCAUGACUACACAGCCCCAGCCAUGACUACACAGCCCCAGCCAUGACUACACAGCCCCAGCCAUGACUACACAGCCCCAGCCAUGACUACACAGCCCCAGCCAUGACUACACAGCCCCAGCCAUGACUACACAGCCCCAGCCAUGACUACACAGCCCCAGCCAUGACUACACAGCCCCAGCCAUGACUACACAGCCCCAGCCAUGACUACACAGCCCCAGCCAUGACUACACAGCCCCAGCCAUGACUACACUUUAAUGCCUUGAUGAUCAUUUUGACCACCUGCAUACUAGUAAAAUAGGCCCUGUUGUAUUUCAUGGUAUUGUAUCCUGUCUAUGACAAUGUUAUUGAAUGGUGCAGAGUGAGUUGUCAUCAUUCUACCAGAAGGGAGCAGCAGCACUCAAUUAAUUGGUUUCCCAAGCAGCACCUGACCAUGUAUUACAAUAAAUGCAGUUAAUCACUAUG